UAAAAAUAACAAUAUUAUGAGUAUUUUGGGUUUGGUUUAUUGCAAACAAAUCUCGGUUCAUUAUCUUAUGGAUUUAUUAUUUUAUCAGAGGGUAAAAUAAAGAUAUUUAAAGCUGCUUGGCUAUAAGGCUCUAUAGUUUGUAGACCAGUUUGAAAUAACAGCAAUAACUAAUUAAUAUUUAAUAUAUAUGUAAUAUUUAUUCUAUUAAUAGACAUAUUUAGCCCUUGUAAAAUAUCAAAGUUCAAUAGUUUCCCUCAAUCUAUACAUAACUCUCUCACUUUUUGGAAAUUCGCUGGUAGAGGCAUGACUUACGACUCCAGGAGUCAACCUUCAAAUGUGCGUCACUCUAAAUGGGAAUAAGGGAACUGCAACCAGUGGUUGUUUUUCUGCAUAUUGUCCGGGGAUGCGCCGAACCCGGAAAAGCUCUACCCGCCCACAUCCGCAGCUCAUAAGCUCCAUUAUCGCGUCGGCAAUCAAAAGCGGCCAAACGAGGAGCCAAAGAGCUUUACAUCCUGACUUCUGGCUGCGCAUUCCGUGUGUCUCUAGUCCCUAUGCAAAAUUUCCGAGGUACAUUCAAAGCUACACUGUCCACUGUCCAGCUGUCCAAUUGCAGUCCGUUGCCCACAUCGUGACGUCAAACCAGUCGAGCAGAAAUGGCCAGCUGGUCCAAGAUGCUGAUUAAGUUGCAUUAAAUUGUCACUCAACGUGACUGCAAGUGGCGUUCGCUGGCAGUUAUUGCUGCAUUUGAAUUGCGUUAGGAUCAGUGUCCUAUUAAUAGGCUAUUUCACAUUAAGAUAUUUUCAAAAACAGGCCACAGUUUGGCUAGCCAAAACACAUAUUUAUUAUCUGGAUUAAAUGUGAAAUUAAAAGUCAGCAAAUAGCUGUAUUCCAUUGGGGAUUUCAAAUUAAAAUACUAUAAACUAAACUCAAUCAUUAACAAGGCUUUUAAGCACCUCACAUAUAACCAAAUUUAAAUAUUCCAAAAAUACUUCAAUCAAAAUAACAAUAUGUUUUCCAAGCCAUAUCAAAGUAUUUGCAUUUAAUAUAAAAAUAAUUGCACUUUAUUCGUUUUACUCUCACUCAGCCGCAAUCUCUUGAAAGAACUUUUUUCAGUCCACUUAUAAACAUCGUCUUGCCUCGCCAAGAACUUCAAAUGAACGACGCUGCUCAUUAAUUUUUAUUGUCCAAACAAUCGUGUAUUAUAAUUAUACCAAGCCAAAAAUCGCCUGAAGUACGCAGAAAUAGUUUAAACAAAGCGGCGGGUAAAAACAAUGGAGGGAGGAGAGGAAAAUGAAAAUACAAAAUCGCAAUUAAUAGGGACAGCGCCCAGAACCGAGCAACCCAGAGACCAGAGCUCCGAGCCCAGAACCCGGCACUUGGAGAGGCGCGUGUGCCAGCGAUAUGACCGUGACCUUUGUGCAGACGCGGAGUCGGCGCCCAGUCGACUUAUUGCCCUGGCCCUGGCCAUGGACAUGGCCAUGAAGCACCCAACAACCAGCCACCACCACCCACUACCACCCUUUGAACCUCUCAUAUAUUUCUCGCUAUUUUUCCAGGGACGGAGCUGCGCGGCAUUCAGCCUUUUGGCGACGUUCCCUGUGACAUAUUAAACGGAAAUCGAUUUCGCAAAUUGUAAAUUGAAUCCAAUCCAAUCCCCCAACCCGGAUGGCUUGACUUUUGCGGUCUGGCCAUGUCUGAUUGGAUGGGUGUUGUGAUUCGUUUUCCACGUAGGCCCUGACUUUAAAGUGGAGUCUUGUCACCAUUCAACGCCUUAUCAACGCCGAGUUCGCUAAUAAAACAGCAAACAACAUUUAUGGGAAUCAUGACGAAUGCAGGUCUUGAUUAGAUGACGGCAAUUGUUGGGACAAGGUGGGGCCCAAGUGGGAAGGGUGGGCCCAGAUGCGGUGAAGGUUGAGUAAUGAAGACUAAUUACCUGACACUUUUCACCUAUUACAAAAUCAAUUAUGUUUAAUAAUCUUGUAUGGCUGCGAAUGGAGCUAUAAAGUUGGAGGUAUUCAAGGUUUUCUGUUAUUUAUUUUAGAAAAUUUUUCAGUUUAAUGGUUUGUAAACUAUAUUUAUUGCAUUUGCUAUAGAAAUAUUAUUUUGAAACUUUUUUGUUGUUCUUGAGUUAUGAAAUAUAGUAAAAAUUAGGGCUUAGCAAGAAUGAUGAGAGUCACGUAUGCCUUAUAAAUAUAUUUGUUAUUAUUCACUGUGAAACUUUAAAAGAUUAUUCAUAUAGUUAGUUUUUAUAUUUUAUAUCAAUUGAGUUAAAGAAAAGUAAACCUUUUUAAGUAUAAAAGAGUUUUAAUUAACACAACAUGAAAUCCAUUUAUAAAAGUAAAAAAAAAUCAUUAUAAAUCCCUUAAAAUGUAAUCCCUUAACAUUGCUUUUGUAACUGACCUCCUAAAACGAUUAUGUGCACUAUAAAUAUUUCCAUAAAGCAGAUAAAUCCCACAAACUGGCAGUAAAAAUAGGGUUUAAAAGCUGCUUUCAGCCUUUGCAUUUAGCUUUUAGCUGGAUGAGAUCUCUUUUUGUAGGGACAGAAAGCGAAUUACAACAGCGACAAUGAAACGCUGAUGAGGCGACAAAUAGUGCCACAUGCUGUGAGGUAGGACCCAGAACAUCAGAACAUAUAGCCCAUCACAUAGUAUGUGGAUAAUGGACGCCGCUGCAAUUGUGGACAUGACGGCAUUGUUGCAUCCAAUGAGCAUGAAUAACAACCAGCGGAGGCGUCGACUUCUGUGGGGGACAGUCCGCGGAAUGGGAAAAAAAACAAGCCAAAGCAAGUGCACACAAUUGUGCAA